AUGUCGGACUCUCCGCAGCGCUCCGUUGAGGCCGCUCAGUCGACGGACGAGAAGAACCUGGGCAUUGUCGAGUACGACGUGUCGCGCGUCUCCCGUCCCAAGCUCAUUCUCUUUGCCAUUGGGGCGGCAUCUGGGAUGUGCCUGCCGCCCUCCCCAGGACCGGCAGCACCGAUGCACUGCAAAAAGAACCACUGCUCCUUCCCAUUUGCGGACCAUCCAUCCGUCUGCCUGUUAAAAUUGCCACAAGGCGGUUUGGGACCUUUGACUGGGGUCUCAUUUCCAUAUUUGCCUCGCAGCCUUUUGGUUUUCUUUUUGGGUUCUGGCAGAAUGUCGCUAUGCCUCUUGGUUCCUAGAUUGUAUCACCUCAGUCCCAACAACUCUGGCAGCGUCCUGUUCGGCAUCUGGGGAGGUGCCACCACAGAAAGAAUAAAGCACGGUGGAAACGCCGAUGGCGAGGGCCAGGAGGAUGAUCCCCGCUUUAUUUUGGUCAUCAACAGAUCACCGCACAUCUCCCAUCAAUUGGCCUACUCGCCCCCACAUGUGAAGUGCAUUCGUCGCCGUGUUUGCAGCCAGCUACUCGGCCGUGGUGCCGGCGUCGUUCUUUGUGCAGGCCGCCAUCCCGUGGGCUUCAUUCUGCCAGCGUCCCGGAUUUCCGAGUAUACCGGCCGCCUGGCGGCAUUCUGGUUCGGUCUGAUCAUGUUUACUGUGUUUGCGGGCGUCGCGGGCCAUGCCAGCACCGCGCGCACUUUUGAUAUUUUGCGCGCAUUCCAGGGUGUCGGUGCCGGUUUCAUGACGUCCAUCAGCCAUCUGGUGCUUGCCAGCAACACGUCGGCCAAGAGCCGCUCCAUGUUCAUUGGCGGUUUGGUUGCCGCGCAGCUGUUCGGCGCUGGCUCCGCUCACAUGAUCGGCGGUGCCCUUGCUGCUGAGGGCAAGUUCCGCUGGGGAAUCUACCUCGGAGCUCCUCUGAUGGCCGCUCCGGCGCUGCUGUGCACGCCGGCGCUGAUUGCUGACAAGAAGCCCACGCGCACUGAGACCGUGGCCAACCGCGUUAUCCACUACGACUACAUUGGCACAUUCAUCCUCAUCGGCACCGUUGUGAUGCUGACCCUGGGCACUGUGUUUGGUGGCAACGAGCAUCCGUGGGGCUCGGCCAUGGUCAUCUGCCUGCUUGUGUUUGGAGCCGUCGGCAUUGCCGUGUUCCUGGUGUACGAGAAGCUUAUGGCCAAGCGCCCGCUGAUGGACAACCAGUGGCUGCACGUGCGUAAUCUGCAGAUCUCGAUCAUCGGCAUUCUGUUCAUCUCGAUGACUGUGUAUGCGCUGGCUGUCUAUGUCCCGAUCAUGUACAUGACUGUGCGCCAGCUGCCGACCAACAAGGCUGGCCGCAUGUCGGCGCCGUACUGGGGCACUAGCAUGGGAGCUGCGCUGCUGUCUGGUCUUGUUCUCCGCUACCAGCCCAAGGCCGCGCGCCCGCUGAUCUGGGUCGGCCUCACCAUCGGCACCAUCUUCGCUGGCCUGUACUACACCUUCACGGUCCAUGGCGACAUCACCAAGGAGCGCGCGUUCCUGGCUCUGGCUGGCGCCGGUGUCGGUCUUGCCUUCCCCGCCAUCACCUACAUUGCCCAGAUCUGUGUUGCUGCUGACGAGGCUGGCUUCGCCGCCGUCAUGGGCCACUUCCUGUCGAUCAUCGGCGGUAUGCUUGGCCUGAUCCUGUACCAGGCUGGGCUGAAGAGCCAGCUGAUCAAGAACCUGCAGCCCAUCUUCGUGGCCGAUCCGCUGCUUUCCGUGUUCAAUGUGCCCAAGAUGGAUAUUGCUGCGCUGGAGGUGGCUGCGCCCAAGAUGGUCGCGUUCGUGACCAAGAAGAAGGCUGACCUCAUUGCCGACCACAUGAUGCACUCGCUGCACAUCACCUUCAUCCUCUCGGUGCCGUUCCUGGGCGCCGCCCUGCUGAUCACGCUGCUAUACAAGCACCACCACCCCCAGCACUAA